UUCUAGUGGAAAUUAAACCGAAGCAAGUAACAAAACUUUCUUAGAAAAACAAAGGAAAAAAGAUAUGGCAGCCAUGUUCAUAACAAGAAGUACCCUCUUUCGCUUCUCAAAGUCUCUCCCUCACGCCCCCUACCUCUCUCUCAAACCCUCUAGGGUCACCUUCGCUUCCUCUCCCAACUCCUCAGAGUGGAGAAAUGCGGCAGAUGGAACGAGAGACGCAAGACGCAAUUGGACAUAUGAUUCUGCAGAGCCAAAGGGUAAGACAGAUGAUCAAGCGCGAGAAGCGAAAGACAGAGCCAAAGAAUACGCACAAGACGCGAAGGAGAAGACGAAGUACGCAGCGGGGGCAGUGAGGGAUAGUGCGGAGUGCGCGAAAGAGAAGGCGAAAGAGUAUGCGUACGAGACCAAAGAAAGUGCAAAGGAUGCAGCGGGAACAGUGGCGGAGAAGGGUAAGGAGGGGGCGGAGAGGACAAAGCAGAAGACGGAGGAGGUGGCGGAAUCGGCCGGAGAGACGCUGAAGAACGUGGGGGAGAAGGCGAAGCAGGGCGUGCAAGGGGCGUGGGACGCGGCGAAGGACACCACACACAAGAUUAAGGAAACCUUGGUUGGGAAGGAUGAUGAUGAUAAUGAUGGUCAUGGUUAUGGUGAUGGUGUUCUGAAGGAUGAUGACGAUGAUGUUGCAGAGUUGAAGAGAAGAGUUAGGAAGAGUUAUGGUGAGAAGGGCUAUUAUUAGAGAUGAAUGGCUUACUUUAAUUCCGGUGCUGUAUAUGUAUCAAUAUUAGUAUGUUUGUUUGUAGUGCUUAUAUAUCCUCUUGGAAUAAAACUUUUACACGCAUUCCACUUUCUA